AUUUGAAAUUCAGUUUAGUUCUCGAACAUGGCGUAGCGGUGUGGUGGUUUCUGUGACGCAUUAUGUAAAGGUUAGAAACGGCGCGAAAAUGGCACAGCGUAGCAUAACGGCCUUUUUCACAAAGUCGACUACGAAGAAGAAUGGCAGUGAGACAAAUAAUUCAAGCAAAUCUAAUGACAAUGGAGAACGAGAUAGUCCAGGUAAUUCUAAACGAAAGCGGGAUAAUAGCUCGGAUAACAGUGAAUCUUCCAGUCCUCCACUUGCUAAGAAAGUAGAAAAUAGUUCUUCGAAGACAUCAGGAACUACUUCACCGGUAAAGAAGGCUAAUGGAAAAACAUCUAAAAUUAAGUUGUCACCUGUGACACCUAAAGAAAAUGAGAAGAGGAAGGCAAAAACUCCACUUACCGCUUCUAAGAAGAAAAAGAAGGUAGAAGAGGUAAAGGGUACACCCAAGAAAAAUAGUACAAAAAAGAAAACUGUGGAAAAGGAAAAUAUAAAUCAAACAAAGAAAGAUUCAGGUUUAGAACAGAAAAAGGGGACAGCUUCUUCAAACAACGAAUCAUCAAAAUCCUCUUCAGAUGAGUCUAGUGAAACGAAAUCAAAACAAAAUACUAAAAAAGUGGUCAAAAAAAGAUUAAGGAUAAUAGCACCUGUUGAUGAUUCUAGUGACGAAGAUGGUCACUUACCUGUGAAGAUACCAUGCAGUCCAGAAAAAGAAAGUGUUAGCGACCAAGAAACAAAUGCUCCUAAUGAAGAAAAUGAAUCUAACAAUGAGAUAGAGGAAGUUACCGAAAGUAAUGAAAAAGAAGAAGAUGAAAAACAAAAAGAUGAGAAACAAGAAGAACAAACAGAAAAGCCUGUCAAGAAGAUACAUAAUUUCUUUGCUCCUAACAAAAAGGAAAAUGGGAAAGAUAGCAAUAUAGAUAAAAAAAAGACUGCAAGCCAUUCUUAUAAUCCUAGUAUAUCUAAUUAUAAUCCAAUAAAGGAUGCAUUCUGGAAACAGGGUGAAAAGGUUCCAUACAUCGCGCUAACGCGGACACUAGAACUGAUAGAGGACACAAGCGCUCGAUUAAAAAUAGUAGAAAUUCUGUCCAAUUACUUUAGAUCCGUUAUAGCUUUAAGUCCAAAUGACUUGCUUCCAAGUGUAUAUUUGUGUCUCAAUCAACUGGCACCGGCUUAUGAAGGAAUUGAAUUGGGUGUAGCAGAAACGAAUCUUAUGAAAGCUAUAGCACAAUGUACUGGUAGAACAUUAGCUCAAAUAAAAGCUGAUGUACAACAAGUUGGAGAUUUGGGCAUUGUAGCGGAGGGAAGUCGUUCCAAUCAGAGGACGAUGUUUCAACCAGCCCCUUUGACAAUAUCAACUGUAUACACUAAACUGAAGGAAAUUGCUCAAAUGACUGGCAAUUCGUCUUUAUCUAAGAAACUGGAUAAAAUUCAGACACUUUUUGUAGCAUGUCGAUUCACCGAAGCCAGAUAUUUAAUUAGGUCUUUAGCUGGCAAGCUUCGAAUUGGUUUGGCUGAACAGUCUGUAUUACAGGCGUUAGCGUUAGCGUGCACAAUGACUCCGCCAGAGCAGGGCUCACCGCCGGAAAUAUUGGAUACAAGUAAAAAGAUGUCUAGCGAUGCUUUCAAGCAAAAGUAUGAUGAGACAGCGCUUAUCCUUAAAACAACAUACUGCGAAUGUCCCAAUUAUGAUAAAAUCAUUCCUGUUUUACUGAAAGAGGGGAUUAAGAAAUUACCUGAGAAGUGCAAAAUUACACCCGGUGUCCCUAUGAAACCGAUGUUAGCGCAUCCGACUAAAGGUGUACAGGAAGUUCUAACACGUUUCGAGGGAUUGAAAUUCACUUGUGAAUGGAAAUACGAUGGGGAAAGGGCGCAGAUACAUCUCGCUGAAGAUGGUGAUAUUAGUAUUUAUAGUAGAAAUCAGGAAAACAAUACUAGUAAGUAUCCUGAUAUUAUUGGACGAUUCAGUAAAACGAAAGGGGAAGAUGUUAAAAGUUGCAUCCUCGACUGCGAAGCGGUUGCUUGGGAUACCGAGAAACAACAAAUACUACCAUUUCAAAUACUUAGUACCAGAAAGCGCAAGGACGCGACCGAGGCAGAUAUUAAAGUACAAGUAUGUGUAUUUAUAUUCGAUUUAUUAUACUUAAAUGGAGAACCACUAGUGAAAGAACCCUUCAUAAAACGUCGCGAGUUGUUGAAGACGCAUUUUAAAGAAUCAGAUGGAGAAUGGAAAUUUGCAACUAGCUUAGACACCACUAAAAUGGAAGAAGUACAGGACUUCUUAGACGAGUCGGUUAAGGGCAAUUGCGAGGGUCUCAUGGUGAAAACCUUGGAGCAAGAAGCUACGUAUGAGAUAGCUAAACGUUCUCGAAAUUGGUUGAAGUUGAAGAAAGAUUAUUUGGAUGGUGUAGGCGAUACAUUAGAUGUAGUAGUUAUCGGAGGAUACAUAGGGAAAGGGAAAAGAACGGGAACUUACGGAGGAUUUCUUUUGGCAUGUUACGAUAAAGAAAAUGAAGAAUAUCAAAGCAUCUGCAAGAUUGGUACUGGAUUCAGCGAAGAAGAUCUUCAAAAACACACUGAAUCUUUGAAAGAGCACAUAGUAUCGCAGCCAAAGUCUUACUAUCGAUACGACACGUCUCAUCAACCUGAUCACUGGUUUGAACCAGUUCAAGUUUGGGAAAUAAAGUGUGCAGAUUUGUCUCUGUCACCUGCUCACAGGGCAGCCAUGGGUAUCGUUGACCCAGAAAAGGGAAUCUCUUUAAGAUUCCCUCGAUUCAUUCGUAUCCGCGAUGAUAAAAAUGCAGAAGAAGCCACAUCGGCGCAACAAGUAGCUUCGAUGUACAGCAGUCAAGAGCAAGUCAAAAAUCAAGCGUCAGGAACGAAAGCUACAGAGGAAGAUUUCUAUUAAAUAUAUACGGAAAACUUUUUACGCUACUGA